AUGGCUGCUUACAGUUGUGAUGAGCACCAACCAAGCUGUUGUCGGUGCCGGGCCAAAUCACUGCCCUGCAGUUACCAAACAACCAUCGAACCAUCUUCCUCCAUUCCUCCUCAACCAUCCCCAUCAAUACCCGAUCCAAAGACCGAGCCAUCGCUCAACUCCAGAGACCUUGAGCUCAUGGUACAAUGGUGUACACACACCCACUGUACUCUUUCUCGCAACCAUUCUAUAGAAUGGACAUGGAAAUCAGUCGUUCCGAAACUGGCAGUCCAUCAUCCGUCUCUUAUGCACGGCAUUCUAGCUCUUUCAGCCUUGCACCUUGCAUUCCUCAAUACCAGUCAUCAACGCAAAGAAUACCUAGAUACUGCUCAGUCGCAUCAUCUCAAAGCCAUCGCGGCUGUCAGAAACAUCAAUGCACUCAGCCAGGCCAAUGCCAGCUCAGCCUACGCACUCUCUAACAUCAUCAUCAUCUUUACAUUUGCUCUGCCCCUUCUUGGCGGCGUUAGCGUCGACUCGACAUUCUUCAACGAACUAGUACACAUCUUCCGAGUCAGUCGCGGGUCUCUUAGUAUCCUAUUGGAAGUCUCCGAAUGGGUGAAAGAGAGUGAAUUGGCUGUCCUCACAACCGCCGCCACGGUAGGACAAUCAAACCCACAUCAAUCAUCCACACUGCCAUCAUUCCUGGACGAAGCCCUCAGAGAGGUCAUGCACCUCAAUAAUCAAUUAGGAGAGAGCGACCCAUAUUACCAGCUGGAGCUAUACAAACUCGUACUCGGUGAGCUCCGGGUCGCAUUCGAGAGCAUUUCAAGUGAUAGUGAAGAUGGAAUCAUCACUGCUGUUUUCUGGUGGAUUUUCAGAGUUCCAUCCGAGUUCUUGGACCUUGCAGCCAAUAGACAACCGUUUGCCAUGGUCGUUCUUGCGUUUUUCUGUGCUUUGAUGCAUCGCUUACGCAGACAGUGGUGGAUGGGCGAUUGGGCGGAAAAGGUGACUCGAGAGAUUCGGCCUUCUUUGGAGAGUGGGUUGGGAGAUUUCAUUCCUUGGGAUUUAUUAUUCGGGACGAAUUAG